CUCUGUUCAGUGCAGGAAAAGGUGGAACCUCUAGCGUCGCUUUGCACUCGAAUUAGCGACCUCCAUCUGCCGAAUCCGUACACAUCCGCUCGUUGUAAUCCGUACAGGACGCAAUUCUCCCGUCCCUCGGCUGAACAAUUUUUUUUUCUUGCCUGUUCUUCAUGUUCCUGCUUCUUUCCCGCCUUCCCCAACCCCCCCGGUCGACAAGCAGGAGCGCUCAACCAGGACCCUUGAUUAUCUGAAGGAAACCCCUUCCUGGCCGCUACCCAAUCCCAAGCGCUUCCCGGCGGUCAAACACACCUGCCUUUCACAGUAAAGCAGCCCCUCGAACUGCAAGUUGGUGGUUGUUUGCGUCACCACCGGCACACCUCCUCCUACUCAGCAGCCGAUCAUGGAUUUCUACAGCAGUAAACAAGCAGCCGCCGAGUGCGUCUCGGACGAGGCCCUCAUCCACCUCAAGUCCUACAAGUACUCGGCCGUCGACAAGUCGCCCAUAUCCAACUACAUCCUGCGCCCAUACUGGAACGCCUUUGUCGAGCUGCUGCCGCUAUGGCUGGCCCCAAACAUGGUAACCCUUCUUGGGUUCAUGUGCAUCCUCUUCAAUGUCGGCUUGAUGGUCAUCAUGGUGCCGGAUCUUGAAGGACCAGCACCAUCAUGGGUGUACUACAGCUUUGCCUUGGGCCUCUUCAUGUACCAGACCUUCGACAACGUCGACGGCAAGCAGGCACGCCGCACCGGCACCUCGAGCGGCCUCGGCGAGCUCUUCGACCAUGGCAUCGACAGCCUCAACUGCACCCUCGCCAGUCUCCUCGAGACGGCUGCCCUAGGCCUCGGCACCUCUCAGUCCGGCGUCUUUACGGCCCUCUGCCCUUGCCUGCCCAUGUUCUUCUCCACCUGGGAAACCUACCACACCCACACCCUCUACCUGGGUGUCAUUAAUGGCCCGACCGAAGGCCUCCUGCUCGCCUGCACCUUCAUGAUCCUGUCGGGGUACUAUGGCCCAGGCAUCUGGACCGAGCCCCUGGUCAAGCUCUUCGGCCCGCGCAUCGAGGCGCUCCGCAUCUUAGGCCUGACCGACGAAACGCUCGCGCACCUCUCGAUCCGCGACUUCUGGGUGGCCUUCAUCGUGCUCUCCCUGCUCUUCACCCACAUCCCCUUCUGCAUCUACCACGUCGUGAAAGCUCGCCGCGCCCGGAACCUGCCCGUCGCGCCCGUCUUUCUCGAGUGGACCCCGAUGGUCGUGUACACCGUCUCCAUCGGCGCCUGGCUGUACUCGCCUUACUCCACCAUCUGCUCCGAGAACCACUUGGUGCUGUUUUGCUUCAUCAUGAGCUUCGUCUUUGGCCGCAUGACCACCAAGAUGAUCCUGGCGCACCUCACCCGCCAGCCGUUCCCCUAUUGGACCGUCAUGCUGUGGCCACUGGUCGGCGGCGCAGUCCUGGGGAACCUGCCCCGGCUGGGGCUGCCGGCCGUCUCGGCCAAGGUCGAGUACAUGUACCUGCUGGGGUACUUGGUGUUCGCAGCAGUGGUGUACUUCCGGUGGGCGUGGCUCGUGACGACGAGCAUCUGCCGCUUCCUGGGGAUCAACUGCCUGACGAUUCCGUACGAGAAGCAGAGACUGGUUCACCAGCAGUCUCAGGGGAUCCUGAACGGGAUGCCGGCAAAUGGAAGGAAGGUGGACUAAAUUCCUAGAGAGGACGAGGGAAUGAUAAACAACGUUCUGAGAUGUGGUAACUGGUCAGGAUAUAAUGGGAGAAAUGGAGUAAAUUCGAUGACCGGCGCUGUGGGAUGAUGAAGGCAUUGGGUUUUUUUGCAUCAGAGCAUGGCGUUUGUAUGGUUUCGGGUUGUCGCCGUUGGCAUUCAUGCAUGCGUUGACUUAGCAAGGCCCUUGCCGGCGGGCGAUAGUGCUCUAAGCGGUCUUAGAUCUUUGGUAAUGAGCUGGAAUGGUAAAGAUAAUAGACCACGCGUACAUAUAUAUCUUUUUCAUCGCCGCUCACGAACUUGAACCCGGAGCAGCAUUGACUAUUCGGACCGUCCUUUAGAAAAGGAAGAGAAAAAAAAGGCAAAGUUUAUC